CGUGCGUGGUCAAAGUGCUCCGCGGCAUAUGAGACAGCUGAGUCACACAUACAUUCAGACCCAGAUAAAUACUGUGAGAAAAAGCGCUACUACAAUUGAGAAAUUACACUGACCACGCGUUAUUAUUUUUAUUUUUUUGAAACCAGCUGCUUCUGACACCACGCGGAGAGAUGUUGACGAUAACAGUGAAGACCCUCCAGCAGCAGACUUUCAAAAUAGAAAUAGACCCAGAAUCGACGGUGAAAGCUCUAAAGGAGAAAAUAGAGUCGGAGAAAGGAAAAAAUGCAUUUCCUUCGGCGGGACAGAAGCUCAUCUAUGCAGGAAAAAUCUUAAAUGACGACACUCCCCUGAGAGAAUACAAAAUCGAUGAGAAAAACUUUGUGGUGGUAAUGGUUGCAAAGCCUAAACCAACUCCUCCUCCGCAAGCAGCCCCUCAGCCAGAUCCCCAACCAGCUGCAACGCUAGUACCAGCCCCAGCUCCAGCCCCAGCUCCAGCCCCAGCUCCAGCUCCAGCUCCAGUCCCGACCCCGGCCCCAGCCCCGGCCCCGGCCCCGGCCCCGACCCCGACACCAGUCCUCUCCACACCAACGCAUACGGUGUCUGCACCCGUAUGUGCACCACAGCCAGCUCCUCCCUCCGAAUCCUCGCCCGCCCUCCCAGAAAACACCCCGCUGGCUUCUGCUGAAGCAGAAACGGCAGCUCCCGACUCUGAUUCUACUGCAGACUCACGUCCAGCUUCUGGCUCUUCGGCCGCUCAAGCCCCUCCCUCGGCUCCGGCCCCUUGUGCCGCUCAGGCGGCCCCGGACUCGGCCACUACAGACACCCCCACCUUGGCCUCCCAGUCAGAAGAAAAACCAAGGGAGCAACCAGAGGAUGAAUCAUCUGCCACUGAACCACUACACUCCUCUGCUUCUAGCCUUGUUGACGAACUGGGUCUCCUUGAAGAAGCAGCCUCAAUACUUGUGACCGGUCCGGCCUAUGAAAACCUGGUGUCUGAGAUCAUGUCUAUGGGUUAUGAGCGGGAACAGGUUGUUGAAGCCCUCAGAGCCAGUUACAACAACCCGGACCGAGCAGUGGAGUAUCUACUCAUGGGUAUUCCUGCCGAGGCCAGUGACCUGCCCCCUCCGGAGCCAGUCAGACACAGCGCUCCGCCCAACCCCGCCGCCCCUGCUACACAACAGCCACAGCAGCCCACGGCGACCUCCAACAGACCCGUGUCUGGCAGCCAGCCUCCGCCUGUUGGAGGAGGCUCCGUCUCCACCGAGAACCCUCUGGAGUUCCUGAGGAACCAGCCUCAGUUUCAGCAGAUGCGACAGAUCAUCCAGCAGAACCCGGCCCUCCUACCGGCCUUGCUGCAGCAGCUGGGCCGGGACAACCCACAGCUGCUGCAGCAAAUCACGCAGCACCAGGAGCGAUUUGUGCAGAUGCUGAAUGAGCCGCGAGGUGGAGAAGUGGGAGGGGAAGUCGCCGAGGCCCAGGGGUCGCCACACACCAACUACAUCCAGGUCACCCCGCAGGAGAAAGAAGCCAUCGAGAGGUUAAAAGCCCUGGGCUUCCCAGAAGGAUUAGUCAUCCAGGCUUACUUCGCGUGCGAGAAGAACGAGAAUCUGGCCGCAAACUUCUUGCUACAGCAAUCGUGGGACGACGAGUAAGCGGCCGUCACCUGAAACAUCACCGUUCAGCAGAGGGCCGCAGAGUGGAUGACUGCGCUGCACACGGCCGCCAAGGAGGAGCGAGGACAGGAGAGGAAGACACUUCUUUUCAUGUGAUUGUGGUCUGAUGAUGGUGAUAAAUGAAGAUGAUGACAUGCUAUCCAAAGUUAUGUGUCCUGCCUACUCUCCAUUCAGCUGUGACGAUCAUCAUUGGAGCUCACGCUGAGCAUUGCCUCACUGCUGCUACGUCAUUGUUGCUGCUGCUUGAACCGAGUGAGAAGUCGCGACGAGGGAUAAUGCCAACCGGUCUGCCUGACCUUCACGGGCCAGCAGCCUUUUUAUUUAGUGCGUUUCUUCUGCAGUGAGUGCAUAGGCUGGCUGUAGGGCGCGUCAAACGAAUGUAUGUGUGCUGUAUGCACAGAGUUUAAAUUUUCAGCUUAAGAACACUCCAGAUAUCUGAGAAUGCAUCUAAAUUGGACAGGUGUGUUCUUCUACUGGUGUUUGACCGUUUAUUGACGAUUUGGAUGCAGAAAUUUAUGAAAAAACAUUUUUGAGACUGUGAUUUAAAUUUAAAGUCCAAAUUUAGAUUUUGUGAGAAGUUCAAUCUUCUAAGCCAAGACCUUUUUUUUUUUUCUAAAGGUUGUGUCACACAAUUUUAGACUUUUUACGUACAACUAUACACUCACAAUGACCACAACAUGUAUUUUGGUCAGACGUGUCUCGUGCAGGCACGCAGUCCACCACCAGAAGAGUGACGGCGUUGAACUAGUGUAGCUGUCCCAGUAUAUAUGAUGAUCGGAGUAGAGGUGGAGCCACCCUAUGCAGUCCUCAGCUUGAAUUUGAUUUGCCAUUUGGGUCUUUCCCCGUUUUGUUAUUUUGCGGAUGGAAGAAUGUUGUUACAGCGUGCUUUGUGAGCAGUAUUGGUUUGCCUAUUUUAUGAAAGAAAAGUUGUGUUCUUUUUGCAAUGUUCCCUUAGUGAGAUGAAUCAGACAGUGUACCUUCUUCAGUAUUUUUUUUUUCCGUUCAGUUUGUUCCAUAUCACAUCUUCUAUGCAUAAAAACUCAAGAGGUUAAAACUUCAUGCCUUAUGGUUAAAGUCCUUUACAAACACCAUAGAAUAUAGUGUUUUAGGUGUUUCUUUUCAGUACACUAACCAUUGUUAUUUAUUUAUUAUUGAUGACUAAUCAGUUAUUCUUUCAAAAAAGGAACUUAAGGCAAUUGGAAUUAAUACUAAACAGAUAUCCAUACCUUUACGCAUUUAGCAUGUGAUUUGCUGUUCCUCGCAUUACUUUUCUUUUUUGCGUUUGAACUGGUGAAAAUUGAGAAUGCCUGGAAGUUUUAUAUUGACUUGUAAAUAGGAUAGGGUAAACGAAACCAGGGGGAAAAAAUGUACUUUACUGUGACAAAUGCUGCUCUUUAGCUGUUAGGAAAUCUUGGCUGCAUGAGAUUGUUAUUUAUAGCAUGGCAGUGGGUUAGAGGGACAAUGAAACCACCAGUGUGGCGAUGCUCUGAUUGUCAAUUUAUCUGUUGUUUUACCAGGUCUGUGACGUUUUGGGUUUAUUAAAAUACAACAUUAAAUACA